GGACCGGCCGGGACGAUGCUGCCCGCGGGCCGCGGCGGGCGGGCGGCGGCGGCGCUGAGGGCGGCGCUGGGCGCGGGCGCGGAGCGGCGGCGGGAGCUGGAGCGGCGGGCGGAGCGGGGCCGGGCGCUGCUGCGGCCCUGGGGCGGCGAGGAAGAGGAGCAGCCGCAGCCCGGCUCCGGCGCCGGACACGAGAACAGGCCUUCACCCAAGGAGCUGGAGGAGCUGGAACUGCUGAACAGGGCCUUAGAGAAGGCACUGAAAGUCAGGAAAAGCAUCUUGAAAAGUCCAUUAGAGGCCCCGGGAACUACAGGAAAGAAAUUGGCAGGUGAGGGACCUGCUGCCAGGAAGGCUGAAGAGCAGCAGGUGCCUGUACCUGUUGAGGAUGUUCCUGAGAGCACAAAGGUGGGAACUGGAAGCAAAAAGCCUGGCUCUUCAAAGAAGCCCUCUGCAUACCAGCUAAGAGCCCCUUAUAGGACUGACCCAGAUGUGAAGAAACCACAAAGGAAAGCCCCAGCCAGAUGUGUGUCUCAAGGUCCCAGGACAUCUGGGAAGAGCUCCUCAAAAGGGGUGGCUUCGAAACAAAGAGGGAGUCAGAGGACAGCAACUGGCAGUGCCACAGAGGUCUGUGCUCCAGCUGAACCCCAAGAGACACUUGGCUCGUCCAAAUCUGCCCCAAAUGAGCAGCAAAGUUUUUCUGUGGGGGAUUCAGCUGGGGGAAAGAACUCAAUAGCUGCUGGCCAGGAGUUAUUUGAUGCAGGGAAGAAAAGUUGUGGUUUCCUGGGAGAGUCCAGCAAAAAGGAGGACACUGCAGGUGCAUCAGGAAGGAGCCUCUCACCUGGGACAGGCACCCUUUGGGAAAAGGGAUGCCAGCUGAAGCUCCCCCUUCCCUACAGGAUAGCCUAUUCCAGGAACUCCAGGGCAUGGGAGAAAUGUCAUCUGUGCCAAACAAGUGCAGAUGCAGCAGCUGCAAGGGCCCGUUUUAUGGAGAGGAUCCAGACAACUUUUUGUUCACCGAAGGCAGACUUCAGUCCUGCAGAGAUAGAGGAGGAAUUGAGGGUCCUCCAGGAUGUCCCCUCCCGUCUGAGGCAGUAUGUGGAAGCUGAGACUGCAGACCCUCCCACUCUACAAGGGGAGUAUGAAAGCCUUUUGACCUUGGAGGGUUUGCAAACCACAGUUGCUCAGUGCCUGCAGAAGCUGCAGCUUCUUCGAGCAGCUCUGGAGUCCCAGCUGAGGCUGCGCCCAGACUGCACUGGGGAUGUGGGAAGCUGCUCCCCAGCCUGUGUCCCUGCCAGGGGACAGAUAUGUGACACUGCAGGAGUGCUGGCUCUGCCUCUCCUGUGUUACUCCAGCUUCCAGGAGCUGAGGGACCUGUUUGCCUUGAAGCUGCAAGUGUCAAUGCUGCACCAAGAGAUUGCCCUACAAAAGGUCUCACACAGCUUUCCAGAACAGCCUGAAGAGGGGCAAAGUCUGAUCCAAACCAGCUGUAUUCUUCCCCAGAGUGGCAUGGCUUCCCUGGGGAUGCUGUCGGCAAGAGCAGUGCCCACAAAAAAAAGGAGGAGAAUACAUCCCAUGUCCAGACUAAUGCCCAAACCUCCCCUUUCCUGUGUCAGUCCCAUUGGCUCCUCUGAUUCUCCAUCUCACCUGCCCCAGAGCCUCCUGCUCACUGCCCAGCUCUGCUUCUCCAACAGUGUGGAUUUUUUGCCUAAUUUUUGGCUUUCUCUCAGCUGAUGCAGAAACAGCUGGGCCCCAUCGGCUCGGGGGAAGCUCUGACCUGGGAAAGGCUCCAGGUCUCUUACGUUUGCUGCAAUAGCUCAUUCCUUUCCUCUCUCCUUCAGGAAAACCAAUUAAAAAAAAAAAAAACAAAACAGUGCAGGAGAAGCCAGAGGAGAUGGGAACUGUUUGUGCCAUCUCUGGUCUCAGUGCCUCCUGAUCCACUCAUGGUAAAGGUGGCACAAAAGAUUUUGCCCACAAAAAUAAGUCUCUGCUGAUGGUCAGAGCUGGGCAGCGGGAUUUUGUGCUCAACCUCCUCCAGGCUGUUUGUGUGUCCAUUCCCUUCUCCCUCCUCCUCCUCCUCCUUCUCCCUGCCCAGGAGCCCCGGGUGGCAUCUCUGUGCUCUGCCAUGUGCUGCAAGUGUGUGAUUCAGUGCCAGAGCAGCGCAGAGCCAACAUCACCUACCUGUGCUCAACAUUGCUGUUUAAAAAUAUUUAAUCCUGAUAGUCAGGAUUUGGGCACUGUAGGGAAAGGAAACAGUGCCUGGGGUCCCUAGUGGGUAUGGUGCCAGUUCCCAGAGCCUGGCCCUGUGGCAGGCACCAGCUCUCCUUCCCAGGUGUCCUGUCCUUCCUGCAGCUCUGCUGAUCUCCAGCUCCCAGCGGCCUUUCAGCAUCCUGCCUUCCUGGCUCUUACCCUGCUGCUGCCCUGCCUGAACAGCAACACCUCAAACCACAAAUCCCCCUGCACCUCACCUCCAGCCCCUUUCCUUCCAGGUCCCCUGACUGGUCACCCUCUGUCCCCCCCAGUGUCACCUCCGGGUGCCCCACCAUGGGCUCCCAGUGAGGGUCCCCAAGCCAGGGGACAAAGCUGGCACAGGGAGAGAGAGCAACUUGGAAGGAGGUGAUGGCGUUGGCACUGCACACAGAGGAACCAAAGGGGCUCUGGGGAGUGUCUGGAAGUCCCAGCGCCCGUUCCCUCUGGAUUUCACCUGCCAUGGGGCUGCAGCAGCGUGGCCCUGGGGGCGGGGGACAGCUGGGCCAGUGUCCCUGCCCCAGCGCUGCCUGGCGAUGCAGAUUGGAAAAACACAUCUCAGGAGUGAUCCCGGCUGGGCUGCAGGCAGCUGCCUGCUCACAGCCCGAAAGAGUUAACAGGCAACCGGGCCGAGCCGGUCCUCCCACCGGCAUGAGAUCACCGCUGCCACCGCCAAUCCUUGCUCCAGUCCUCCUCCAGUCCUCGCUCGGUCUGGCAGCAAAGGAGCCGGGAGCCAAAGCUGGGAGUGAGAGCAGCAGCAGACAAGACCCUGGCCCGUCUGCACCCCGAGCCGCCGGACAAAGCGACCAUGUAGGAUCCGGAAUCUUCCCUCCGUCACCGGCACGGCAGCGGCUCGUGGUGGGACAGAGACUUGCGUCCAUCCCACGCGCGCGUUGUGCUGCUCCGUCCUGGGUUUUCUCGUCAACAUGAUGGGCUGCAAGUCCAACUCACUCACUUGCCUGCAGGGAGGAAAACCAGGGCUGCCGCUGGCCACGGCCACCGACUCCACUGCCACACUCAACAAACUGGCCCUGGCCACGGGCGGGACCGAGAAAUCCUGGUACCGCUGCAUCUUCCCCUUCGGCAUCGUCUCCGUGGUCAUCGGCGUCGCAGCGACGUGCAUCACCUUCACCAUCAAUGGCCCACAGAUGGACAUCGCUAAGGUGGUCUCGGUGGCCACCUUGAUCUUCGGGGUGGGCCUGCUGGUGGCCGCCUACGUGUGCUGGCGGGCCAAGCGGCAGCGCAAGCGGCACCGGCAGGAGCCGGUGGCCCUAGAGCAGGGAGCCCUAUGACCCGGGCUGGGGGCAGAGGCUCAGCUCCACCCGGAGCCCCCUGCUUAUACACCCCUCUCCGCGAGCAGAGGGGUGACAGCACCGGCUUUGUCGCACCCGAGGAGGUCCGGACCCUGCCCGAGGUCAGCUUGCCGUCAUUCUCCACCCCGCCGAGCCGCCCGCGCCAGCGCCCGGCCAUCCCCGCUCCCGGCACGGGGUAGGGGCAGCCCGGCCUCGCCUGCCCGGGACCGGCAUGGAAAGAGCCCGGAGAGUGGCCAAGGAGCGAGUCACCGCACAGGGACCUGUCCCUGCCCGCACCGCCCGGCAGCCGCAGCGAGCCCCCGGCGCUGCGCUGCGCCGGGAGACCGAGGCAGCCCCGCGCCCCCCGCUCGGUGCCGGAGGAGUCCAGCGUCACUUCUGUCCUCUGGUGGUUUUUCCCUGUGGCGCAGAACAGAAGGAGUUUCGAAAGAAACUCUCUGGGUGCGGGGAGCACCCGGAGAGCUGCGAGGCCGGCCGGGAGUGGGGCUGCGGGAGGCAGCGAACAGCGAUGGGUUGGCCUGGCACGGAGCCCCUGGGACAGCGUGGGGGACAAGGGAGGGCGGGAGCUGAGCGUGGCGGGGGACAGCGGACCUUGGCGGCGGCGGGGGGACGCGGGGAGCAGAGGGGACUGGAGGGGGCAGAGGCUGUUGGGGGUUUGUUGUUGGCGGUGCGGCAGGUAGAGGAGGAACUCGGGCUCUUUCCAUCCCCGUGGGGGUGAGCCAGCCCGGGGAUGUCCCGGGGGACAUGUCCCCUCUGCAGGGAUGCCCAGGGCGAAGGGGAUCGUGCUGUGAGCUCGCAGCAACAUUGCCCGGCUUAGGUGUGGCUUAGGUGGGAGUCUGAGAGCAAUUCUGUUGGGGAGAAGGAGCUAGAGGUGCAGCAAAAAGGAGCAAAUACAUUUUUGCCUCUUUUUUUUUUUUUCUUUUGAAAAGAAGUGCGUGUUCCCAUUCUUUGAAUUUAGCCUUGAGCUCAUGACCCUAAAAAAGAAGCCUGAGACGUGCAGGAGGAUCCCUCUCCGGAUGCCCUGGUGCCCCGACGCGGAGGCUGCGGCAGAUCGCGCUGCUGCCCUGCCCCGGCUGGCCCCGCACCCAGAGGAGCCUCCCAAAACCAGCCCCUCUCCGGGCUCCUGCUCACGGGCAGCGCUGCCAAGAGCUACAGAGCAGCCACGCUCCCGGCCCGCGGCAGCUGGAGGCUGUCCAUGCACAGCACAGACAGCGAAUAAGGCCAAAAGCCACGAGUGGGGACACACAGGAGCAAAGCCGAGCUUGUGCCGAGCGCCCGGGGAGCCGGGACACAGCCGACUGUGCCAGGCCCCGUGCCACCCUCCCUGCCCACAGCUCUGAUCCCGACGGCUCUGGCUCCAUAACUAACGCGUGCUCCACAGCCCCGGGAGCUGCUGCUUGUCACAGUGUGCAUGGCCCGGAGCCACCAUUCUCAGGAUAGUGAGAUGUUAGGAUACCAGGGCUUGGAGUCCCAGCCCUACAAAUCCAGGCUCAAACACCCACGGAGUUUGGGAGUUUUGGGGACACUUUCAGCCUCAGCUCUGAUCAAAGCUUUACUUCCAUGAGCAAUUAGGAGAAGAGACGAUGUCACAGAGCCUUGCCCUGUGGCAAGUGAUAAGUUUAGCAGGCUCUGAGCCCAGACUGUUGUUUCAGGGUGUUUAAAUAUCUGUAUUUUUUGGUUUCAGCCUCUCUCAGGGUUAGCAAACCAGGGGUUUCCUGCCAGGGGGACUCAGCAGUGCAUGGGGGAUGCUCAGUGAGGCAUUCAUGUAUUGAGGGUUUGAAGUGCCAGCUCGGUUUUAUCAUUACUACUUUUUAUCACAUUCUUCUUGCUCUAAUGUUUCAGCAAGCAGUUUUGUGGCUGCCUGCAGAUCCCUCUGCUCUCACCUUGCUCAUCAUGACCACUAGGGCCAGCAGCCCUGCUCCUGAUCCUGCCCAAAUUGAUCUCACUUUUAAAGUGCUCAGCCCUUCUCCCCCCACUCUGAAUGUGCAGAUGGGUUGUCCAGGUGCACCGAAGGAAAGCCUUGGAGCCAGCCCAAAAUGUCUGAUGUCAGGCCCCGUUAUGUCUCACCCUUCUUAGAUCUUCAAAUCCAGUUCCCCGGAGCCAAAUCCCCUCUCUCCUGCUCUCAAUAACCUCGGGGCAGCUCUCCACAGGGCAGUGCCCAGGCGGAGCCCAUCCCAGAGACAGCCUGGAUGGGUCCAAGUGCCAACCCUGCCCAGUCCUGCACAGACUGAGGUUUUCUUUUGUUUCUGUUGAAAGUUUUAAGGGAUUUGAGUUCUGCAGUGAGAGGCACAGACACACAAUCCCUCCUGCUGCCGGAGGGACAGACUCCAGGAGGUUCCCCUGCGGGGCUGCGGCCGCUGCACACGCUGGUUGAACAGCAAGUCCUGGGGAAAUUCAGCUCCUUAAACAGCAUCAGGGAGGUUUCUUGGCUGCAGGAAUAGAUGGCUGGUAAAGUUAUGCCCAGCUCAGCAAAUAAACUGAAAGAUGAAAGGCCCCCAGUGGUCAGUCCAUACUCACAAAGGACCUGGGGAUCCAGAAUUUGCCACCCUGCUGGCACCACCCCACGUUGCUCUUUCUCAGGCAGUGUGCAGGGUAGAGCUGGUGGGUCUGUGCUUGCUGGCAGACACCACCACCACCACCACCACCACCUCACCCUCCUCCUCCUCCUCCACUGGCAUCUGGUGCCAGACAUUGCAGAUGUGUGAGAGCUGCCUGGGUCCCUUUCCUGUGCAAGCUGCAGAGGUUCCAGAGGACAUUCUGUCCAGGCAUCCCACUUUGGGUAUCCCAUCUGGGUAUCCCAUCCACCCCAUUCAUCCAUCCCACUCAUGUAUCCCACCCAUCUCCCCCACCCAGGCAUCCCCCUGCACACCAUGGCAUUUUUCCUGGGAUGCAGGGCCCGGCAGUCACCCACCACUCUGGGUGCCCCAGCCCUGGAUCACAGCAGAGCCAAAGGCUGGAUGUCCCACCCCAGCACUGUUUUGGGGAAGGUGGCUCACUCGGAUGCUGUGUUCCCAUCCCGGUUGAGGUGUUGGCACAGGAGCUGUUGGUGCACAGCCGGAUCCGCCUGUCUCCAGAAGCAGGAAAGCACCCUGGGAAGGCAGUGCUGUGGAUGUCUUACCACAAUCUCGGGCUAAGAGACACUCUUAGCCCUUUCUAGGGGAACAGAAUCAAAAAUUAAUAAACCUGUCAAGCUCACUCAGACACCAGUUUUCCUCUGCUUUGCUUCCCCACCCUCCCAGCACUGGAGCCACAGCCUGGCCCGGCAAUGCCACCCUGCACAGCACUGCUGCCUGGAGACCUGCCCCUGCCAGACACCUCUGUGCCACUGGCAGGAGUUAUGCAGGGAUGAAAGAUGGCUCAAAGGCUGUGCCAAGGCACCUGCUUCCCAAAGCCACCUGCCCCUUGCAUUGCACCAACACCCCUCGCCAGGCACUGCUCUUCCAGUAUAGCAGGAAUAUUCCCUAUCCUACAAACCCUCACCUUGCCUCCAGUGCCUCCCCAAGACUCUCUGCACACAACAACUCAUCCCCAUUCAUGCAUUCAGCUGUUGUGACAGUCCUAUGCCCUGUUUCUGCCAGAUCAACCUAAAUCCCCUUUCAACACUGAACAGUCUUCAAGAGAAAAGCGCAGGUUUUGUGGCAUCAGAGGGAAGGGUUAAAAAUCGUUGCUGCCAGAUUGGGAACAGUUACAAAAGGGAAACAUAAAAAUAAAAAUAUGCAUCCCUAAAAUAA